AUGGAAGUGUCGCAAGGAAAACGUAGAAUCGGGUAUAAUGCAUGGAGCAUGAAAGAAAGCACUACAUUGUUAGAACUUAUGGUUGAUGCCGUCAAUCAUGGAUGGUUUAAUAGCAAUGGGGUGCUAAGUAAACAAACAGUUGAAAAAAAAAUACUUCCUGCUCUAAAUGAAAAACUUGGAUGCCAGAAGAACUAUGCUAUGUACCGAAGUCCUUUGAGUUGGUUUAAGCAACAAUAUCACAAAUACUCUGAGCUUAUGCAGUACAACUCUGGUUUUGGAUGGCAUUCAAUCACAAAAAAGUUCACCGCUAGUGAUGAAGUGUGGGAUAAUUACUUCGAGUCCCGUCCAAAGCAGAGGCACCUUCGUAUCGACACCUUUCCUGACUAUGAAGACUUAAGAAUAGCAGUUGGCAAUGCUACUGCUACAAGGAGAAACUCAAUUAGUUCGGGUGAUGAAUCAGAUGCAAGAAUAUAUGGUGUUGAAGAAAAUAGGCAUGUUACAAUAGAUGACUAUGUGCUCGAUGAGAGUCAAGAGGCAUACAUACAAACUCAACAGGAUGAGUCAACCAAUGCUCCAUCAUCUAUGUCUUUCCCACCUACUACGGAAACUAACAACGAAUUUCCUACAGAAAAUGACGGCUGUAGAAAGCGAACUAGAACGUAA